GAGACAUUCAACCAACUUAAACCAACUUAACUUGAUAAUUCUUUUUUAGGAAUUCCUAGAAAACAUCGCCUUCGACACGCGUAGUCCAUGGAAUACCCCGAGGUGGCCCGUCAAAAUGCCAACCCGCAUGGUUGAAUGCGUAGCCGCUCAUCUACUACCAGUACCUACUACGAGUACCUACUACAUAGUACUAUCAGGGUCUACGUAAGCGAUUUUAGGUUCGUAUAUAGCUUGGCGGGCCUCCUUUUCCGUACCAAGUAUCUAUGCAAGUAUCUAUGUAUAGAUCAGUACUUGAAUUGUAUGGUACGUUCAAUGUUAGUUGCUAUGUUUCCUUAUGACCCAAUCUAGUCUAUAUAAGUGACUCUCUUGAUCAGUUGUUCUAUGCCUAGUUCUCAGUUCUCAUCACUCGCUUCCAUAAGCAUUUGAACAACUCUCAGUUUUAUACUCAACUUCCAUUUCAUAAGAGUUACUGUCCCAAGCUACUGCUUCUGCUCAUCCUUCAAGGUCAUCCAAGAUUACCCCUUUUCACUUUCACCUUCAAACGACGUAUAUAAGCACCUCGGUAACAUACCACAUACAUACAAAAUGAAGUUUACUUCCGCCCUUACCCUUCUCGCCGCCUCUAUCGCCGUGGCCCAGGACGUUAGUAACACGGCUCAAGAAAGCACUGCUGCUGCCGGUACUGAUGUUAGCGGUACUGCUGUCGCAACUGCCACUGAUGCCGCUGUGAGUGCAACUGGCGAGGCCGCAAGUUCAGCAACUGGCCAGGGCGGUGAUGGCGGCCCGGCACCAUCUAGCUCGGAAUCUACUACAGCUGAACCUACCGUCACGGACAUAACUUCUACUGCAACAGACUCCACCACAGAUGUAGUCCCUACAGAUACAUCCAGCACCGAUGCCACUAGCACAGACUCCAGCGCUACCGAUACUACUGCUACCGACACUGCUACCGAUUCUACUACCACGGAUGCUUCUAGCACUGGUACCGUCAUACUAGGAAGCGCUUCUGUUGCUGCAACAGCCACUGUAGCGGAGACCAUUGUAGGAACUGCAGGGACCGUCAUUGGAACCGCAGGAACCGCUGUUGGCUCUGCAGCCCUCACCACAGGGUUGGUUUCCAACUCAACAUUCGCGACCAGCACUGGCGGUGCCGCAACUGCUACACCUUCCGGCCCUACCUCCACGUUCGACACGGACGAUUCGGCCCCGACCUCCACCGUCGUGCCUGACGAAGGCGGCGCCGCAGCCUUCCAUGCUGGUGCCAACAGCGUUCUGGCACUUGUUGGUGUUGCUGCUGCGCUCCUGAUGUCUUAUUAGAUGGGAAGACAUCUGCCAUGUUACCAUCAACGAAAUAUUUACCCAAUUCAUUCCUUGUCAGGUUUUUUGCUUCGACCAUUCCUUGCUGCUUACCUACCGGCCAAACGAAGCUGGUUCUCGGAAGGCUGCGCUCGGUAUCCCUAUUUUAUCAUAUUCACCUUUAAUUCUAAACACCUCGAUUCGGAAAUCGGAAACAAGGGAAAGAUGGUCUCGAUGGCAGUAACUACACUAGUUUAGCAGCCCCGGUCUUUCAUCAGUUAUCCAGAGGCGUUGUGGCAACAGCAACCACCUUUUUAGAAUCAUUAUUUAGACGUUGCUACUCAGGGCAACCUGAAAAUUACCUUGAUUCCCCUUGGAGACAAAGCUGUGGGGGGGGUUGGUGGUGUUUGUUUGAAAGCUUGGAUUUGGAUGCCUUUAUUCUAAUAUGAUAGACUUGAAGAAAAAUUGCUUUGGAUGGUUGGUUUAAUGUUGGCUUAAUGUUUGCUAGCAAAGUUUAAUGGAAAAGCAUUCCGUCUUGUAUAUAUACAGCGCGUAACCGAGCUUUGCUUGUGAAUGAAUUUGCAUUCUUUCUCUUUUAA